AUGCUUGUUUAUUUACAGUUGAUGAUUUAUCCGAUUGAAACAGUACUUGAACUUCAGGAUUCCGAACUAUCAGUAUUCGAAACGACGAUACGUUUUGUGGGAGGUCUGCUGUCUUGCUACGCUCUGACCGGUGACACCAUCUUCAGAGACAAAGCCGCCGAGGUCGCCGACGCCCUGCUGCCUGCCUUCGAAACUCCCACUGGACUUCCAUACGCCUUAAUCAAUCCAUCCACUAAUGUAAGAAGAGUAUUUUUAAUAAUUUCGCACUAUUAUAGAUCAUAA